GUAUUUAGUUGAUUAGUUGAUUGACUACAUAGUAGAAGCAGAAGGGUGCUUUGCCAAUUAUAUUUAUAUACACGAAUAAUUGUCACUGCCACUGCCACUGCCACUUCACUAAAAGUCGCCUACAUAAUUCUAAAAAAAUACGACUAGGAACAUUUCGCUUGCUUUUGUUAUUACCUGGCACACUGUCGAGUGUCUCGUUGGCUUUGUGUCGCGGAAAAAGAAAACGUUCACAAUCUCAAGGCCAAGGUGGAAUGUUCCGUUCGUCUGAAUUUCCUGUCAUUCCAAUUUAGUUGUAAAAUCCAAUUUUUGAAUAGUUUCAACUAAGCUGUCAAACAGUCGCGUUUAGUUUUUAUACACAACUACCUUACGAAAGGUUCAUAAUAGUAAUACCUACGCAAUGGCUUCAACGGGUCCUACAGUUCCACCAGCAGCUGCUCCUCCACCACCACCGCCAGCAGCUCCAGCGUCAACAGGAAAAGGAUUCCCAUCAAAGGUAUACAAUGCACUGGUUGGAUCUGUGGAUAAAGUUGUUCCCGACAAAUUGCGUCCUCUAUGGCAGCAUCCCGCAGGUCCUAAGACAGUAUUCUUCUGGGCGCCUGCCUUCAAAUGGGGUCUGGUGAUAGCUGGGUUAAGUGAUUUGGCGCGACCGGCAGAUCAACUAUCAGUACCUCAAUGUGCAGCCCUAGCAGCAACUGGAAUAAUUUGGUCACGGUACUCACUUGUAAUCAUUCCCAAAAACUAUAGUUUAUUUUCUGUUAACGUAUUUGUUGGAGGAGUUCAAGUUGUACAACUCAUAAGAGCUUACAAUGCUUCGAAAGAAAAGAAAGAUUAGAGUUUAAAUCAAAUAUACACAUAUACAAUUUUUUAGUCUCAAAGGCGGAUAAACAUCACUAAAGUAUGUAUCUAAUAGAGGAUAAUCAAUUUUGUGUUCUUAAAUAAAAAAAAUAAUUAAACCAAUUGAUAAUGUGAUUUGUAAACAAACGGAGCACAAUCAAAACGAAAAAAAUAAAAUAUAUGUAGAUGUAUAGAUUGUAUAAGUAUAACGAUGAUAAAGCACAAUUUAACGAUGUACCUUCUUUAAUUAUAAAGUUCUUUAACUUAUUGAUUGAUUCAAUGAUAAAUGUUUGUACAUAACGUUUGGUCUAAGAUCAAGAUCAAAUAUAUUUCUUUUCAAAUUGUUUAAUAAAAUUGAACGUAUAAUAAUGUUAACAUAUACUUAUGUACAUACAUGCUUUAGGUACUUGUGAUCACAACUUAUUACAAAUUAUUAAUAUUAUCUUGCCUAUAAGGAGCAAAUUUGUGAAUAUAAAUAUGUAUUAGAUACAUAACUAGCUAAAAAAUAAGAAUAACGAUAUUGUAAAUAAAGACGAAACGGCGACUGUAAGAAAUAAAAUUAUUUAAAAUGUAAAAUAA